AUGUCUGCAGGCCCUCUUUCUACGUUCCACGUGAUUGUCAUCGCAGUGGUAUGUGGUAUAAUUUUGAUCGUGUUGGUUGUGAUCCUCAUCCUAUUCCUCUAUUGGCGCAGUCGUAAUCAGAAAAAACAAUAUGGAAAUGAAGUCAACUAUCCCCAUAUGUCGAAUGGAAGCGUCCCGAAUGGCAUUGCUGGACGACAGGGUUAUGAUAACCCAGGUAUGGUCUACGUAAAUACUGUUGAUGGCAAUCUGCCUAUGUAUGGACUGAAUGAAAAACAAGAAAGCAUGCCAAAUGGGUAUGGACCCUAUACCAAUGGUUUUGUUGAAAAUACGCACAAUACUUCCAGUGAGCACACUGAUGAACUGCCACCUUAUACUGACCAAGACAUUGGCCAAGAGUUAUCAGAUGAAUCUGACUUGGACAAGCCAUAUGAUUGUAGACCUAUGAAUGACACUAUGACCUUCUACAACAAUCCACACAAUAUAACAAGGAACCCAAACUUUAUUAGUUUGAGUCCAGAUGGCAUGCCUCGAGAUACAAGUAUCAGUGGCCGGGAAAGUGGCUACUCAACACCCGAUUCCACCCGACCAAAAAAGGUUAUUUACGAAGUCAUUGUAUGA